CUGCAGUGCCUGGAGCAGGAGAAGGCACGCUGGAGGGCCGAGAAGGCCCAGCUGGAGCAGAGCGUGGAGGAGAACAAGGAGCGCAUGGAGAAGCUGGAGGGUUACUGGAUGGAGGCCCAGAACCUGUGCCAGGCCGUGGACGAGCACCUCAAGGAGACCCAGGCCCAGUACCAGACCCUGGAGCGCAAGUACAGCAAGGCCAAGCGGCUCAUCAAGGAGUACCAGCAGAAGGACCUUCCCCUUGGCACGGAUCCNCGGCUCUGUGUGCCCGCAGACUCGGAGGGGCUCGGCAUCAGCAUCAUCGGGAUGGGCGCGGGGGCCGACAUGGGCCUGGAGAAGUUGGGAAUCUUCGUCAAGACGGUGACGGAAGGAGGAGCAGCACACCGGGAUGGCAGGAUCCAGGUGAAUGACCUGAUCGUGGAGGUGGAUGGCACCAGCCUGGUGGGCGUCACGCAGAGCUUCGCUGCCUCCGUGCUCAGGAACACCAAGGGCAGGGUCAGGUUCCUGAUCGGGCGGGAGAAGCCAGGGGAGCAGAGCGAGGUGGCGCAGCUGAUCCAGCAGACGCUGGAGCAGGAGCGGUGGCAGCGCGAGAUGAUGGAGCAGCGCUACACGCAGUACACCGAGGAUGACGAGGAGACCGGGGAGUACGCCACGGAUGAGGAGGAGGAGAUGAGCCCCAUGUUCCCCAGCGGGGAGAUGGCCAUCGAGGUGUUUGAGCUGGCCGAGAACGAGGACGCGCUGUCCCCCGUGGAGAUGGACCCCGAGAAGCUGGUGCACAAGUUCAAGGAGGUGUUCAGCACUUACUCCAACGAGGAUUACGACCGCCGCAAUGAGGACGUGGAUCCCAUGGCGGCCUCGGCCGAGUACGAGCUGGAGAAGAGGGUGGAGAGGCUCGACCUGUUCCCCGUGGAGCUGGAGAAAG